AUGACUGAAGUGACCGGCUGGGGGAGUUCCGCCCCGCGUAGCGGACGGAGAUUGUGGAGGCAAUGCAGAGAGCCAGACCCUCCGGCGGAGGUCGCGCAGGCGGCGCAGGUGCCGAGGCGGAAGACGAACCACGGAGUGCCCGAACUCCCGAGGUCGUGCAGCGUGUGCUCGUUGAAGUUCUACGGUUGGCGGGAGCUGUUCGCGCACAUGAGGACUCACCUGGAGAAAGAGUCUCGGUGCAUGCGCGAGCUUCCCGCCGCUGGACUCCUCGGUGGAAGGGGAGGGAGUCAAGGGACAGACGCGGCGGCGGCGGCAAGUCAGGGAGCAGAUGCCAGUGGUUCGGCCGCCCAUGCUUCGCCCCCGAGGCGAGGACUGGGCUUCAAAUUUGAUCUGAACAAGCCACCUCCAGAGGAGGAGGACGACAACGACGACCAUGGCGGUUCGGAUUUCAAAAAGCUGCCUCCGAAGGCAGAGGAAGGAGGAGGACGGUAA